AUGCAGCUGUUGAGUCCUAUUCGGAAUUGGCCCCCUCGUGAGUUUUCUGAUCUGGAGGCGGAGCUAAGCCUCCAACCAGGCCCCAAAUCAGUGUUUAGGAUGUUAGACGAAAUGACGGUGUGGUGGGGCACGUGGACAAGACCAACGGUCGUCCGAAUGAAAAAUGAGCAGCCAACUAAGGCUGGUGUACAAAAAGUCGACCCACAGUUGGGGUCGGACGAGUACAAGCAAUCGAGUCUGCAGUGGAUAGAAGGAGAAAAGAGGAAUCAUGAGGAAGAAAAAGGGAGAGGAAAGUGA